GCUUUACUUUCGAAAAAUGCGAUACUUUCAAGAUAUUUUGUUCAACGUUUAUUAAUGCAUUUUGGUAAUUAUGAUGAGAAUCUUAUUAAACUUAAAGUCGAACAUAAUGUAAACCAAAUCGAUUUUGAUAGACUUCGUGCCCUUCGUAAGAAACUAUCUUCGCCUUGGGGAAAAGAAGCAUUACAUUUGUUUGAACAUAGGUUAAAUGAAAUAGGUGAUCUCUUAAUGGAUUCAUUCCAAGUGAUUCAAAAUUCUCGAGUGAUUCAAAAUUCAUCUCAAGUAAAUCGUAAUAUAACAAAAUCUGAGAUUGCAAGUUCCUGUCUUAUUCAGACAAUUAAACCUGAAAGGAAUUUCAAGAAAACGGAUUUAUUGGAAUUUAUAAUUGACAAAAUUGACCAACCUAUCGAAGCUCUGGGAAAUGCAUUAGAUCACUAUAAUGUUGGAUUCAAAUUUAAUUAUGAGACUAUUCAAUCAACGCAGAAAAUUAGAUCGUUAACUGUUAACUCCAAUCUUUAUUUUUGGAUUCUGAAAAAUUAUGGUCCUAAUUCUGAAUUAACGCAGAAAUGCUUUGAUGACAUUUUCGAAUCGAGAAUUUGGGUGGACUUAAACUUAACUCCAGAAAAAGAAGUUCCGGAUGGACUGACCACCGGCGCCUUUAAUUCUAUUUGCUCAAUUUAUCUCGAGUUCAUGAAUGAAAAGGUUCCAUUUAAAAACGGUUAUUUGCAAUAUUUACAAUUGGCGAAAAAUCAUGAAAUAAUCCACCCAUUUUUUGAAUACAAUUUACCAAUUAUAUUUGGCAUAAACAAGAACCCGUAUCAUUUUAAAAAUUUAUAUGAAGUUGUUAGGCCAGAAAUUAAAUCAAACAAAGCUAAUAAGAGAAAAUCUAAUGAAGUAAAUUUAGAGCAAAAUCAUAAUGAAAGGAAAAAUUGGUUUAAAUUACUUGAAGAAAUAUAUUAUCACAAACUUCAUACAAAUAAUUCCAAUAUUACUGAAAAUUUUAAAGAAAGUUUUGAAAAUUUUUGGGAUAUGAUUACAUUGGAAAAAAUCCCAGAAUUAAAAUAUUUAAGUGAUAAUCUUAAUAGAAAUAAUGAAAAUUUAUCUCAACAAGUUUUUGAAGGUUUUUCAAAAAAACAAAAGCAAUAA